UCUCUUAAAAGUCUUUCAUCUCCCAUCUCUCUUCUCUCCUCUCUCCCAUCUUCCAAUUACAUUCAUGGAGCUAGAGACUGCUCAAAGCCAUGGAACAACCCAAGGGACACUAGCAAGAAGAGAGAAGAUGAGAAGCAUUGAAGAAGCAGAAGAAACCCAGUUGGGUCACACGCUCCACAGUCAGUCCUCCACCACCACCACCACCACCAAUGUUCCCUACCGGAGACGGCGUAGGCUGGGGAGAAAGAAGAGGAGCAGCAGCACCAAGUCCAAGCUCCAGAAGAAUGCGUGUGGAGAAUGCGACGAAGACAAAAUUGGAAUAGAGAGGAGGAUCACCACCCUACAGAAGAUCGUCCCCGGCGGUGAGUCACUUGGGGUUGACAAGCUGUUUGAAGAAACAGCUUGCUACAUUCUGUCUCUGCAAUGCCAGGUGAACGCCAUGAAGCUUCUUGCCAACUUCUUUGAAGGCUUGGAGAAAGAAAACAACAAAUUUGGAGGCUGAUUCCUCUCCAACCUCACCAGCCUCACUUCUUUUUCCUCUCCUUGUAAACUGUUCAUCAUUGUUUUUCUUUUCUUCUUUCUUAAUUUCAUUUUAUUUUUCCCUUUUUUGUUGCAUCUUCACUUGUUUUUUUCCUCUGGAUUUUGCCUCAACUAUGAAAGAAGAACAGAGGUUAGCUGAGCCCUUCGAUCGGAAUUCAGAUUAUGAUUUAUUUUA